AAUAAAUAAGCACAAGAUCCACGUCUUGCAUUAAAACUUGCCUUGUCAAAGAGGUUGUCUUUGACUCGUAAGUGUAGCCAUCUCUCUAUAUAUAUCUACAUCAACCAUGGGGUGUGUGUGUCAGUGUGUUCAUAUAUUUUUAUAUAUCUAAAAGAUAUUUUCACAUUAUAAAAAAAGAGAUUCUACACAGUGCACAAGCAAGUGUUUCGAAUAUUUUCCACAAAACUGAGAUCUGAGCUAAAUGGAUCAUGAUCAUAUGUUAAACUUGGUUCCAUGCGGACUACAAGAAGUAGCAGAGGAAGAAGAAAUCGAGGAAAAUGACGAUAACGAGAGCGUCAAUUUGUCGUCGGCGCCAGAAAAUGAGAUGUCAGAGUGUUCAUCGUCUCCGGCGGCGUAUCCUCCGAUUCCUCCUCAGCCUAAAACUCCGAGAGAGCCGAUGGAGUUUCUAUGCAGAUCAUGGAGCAUUUCUACGUCUGAGAUCUCUAUAGCUUUAUCCUCUCAGAAAUCUAAUAAACAACUCAACAAAAAUAAUAAGUUUUCUCCGAUGACCGCCGUCAGUUCACCGGCUCCGGCACCACCACCACCACCACCGCCGCUACUCACGGGAAAGAUAGCGAGUGCGAUUCACGCGCGGAGAACGGGAACGAUCGGGAAAUGGUUCCACCACCGAGAAUUUGCCGGCGGAAGGGUCUCCGGCGUAAGGAAGAGAGAUAAAGCUCGCGUGGAGAACGCGCAUCUUCAUACCGCCGUCUCGAUUGCGUCUCUUGCGGCUGCCAUCGCCGCCGUGACCGCUUCGGUCAACCAAGACGUCUUAACCUUAACGGAAUCAAAGAUGAUGAGCUCAGCUCUGGCUUCGGCAUCGGAGCUGCUAGCUUCUCACUGCGUCGAACUGGCGGAGCUCUCCGGCGCCGGUCACGAUCGCUUGGUCUCUGCUGUCCGAUCAGCCGUCGAUGUUCGUAGCCCGGGCGAUUUGUUGACUCUAACGGCUGCAGCUGCAACAGCAUUGAGAGGAGAAGCAGCUUUAAGGUCGAGACUACCAAAGGAAGCUAAGAACAAUGCAGCUAUAAGCCCUUGCGAAAGAGCUUUGCCAGAGACUCAUGACUGUUUAUCCGAGAUUGAUUGCGCCAGUAGCACAACCACCGAUGAACAUGUAUCCACACAGGGAGUCGAGGAAUUAGAUUCGACCUGUACUGGAGAGCUAAUGCAGUGCGCACGAAAUGGAGUUCUGCGGGGGAAGCAUGUAAAAGUGUACAUCAACAAGAAAUCUCAGGUCGUAGUAGAAAUCAAAAGCAAACAUGUUGGAGGAGCGUUCUCCAUGAAAAGCAAAGGUAUUGUAAACGAUGUAUGCGAGACAGUCUCGGACCUGCAAAAUGGAAAAGAAACAGAAAACGCAGAAGAAGAGCUAUAUUUCGGAAUCAGCACAGGGAAAGGCCUGACAAAGUUCAAGUGCAAGAGCAAGGCUGAUAAGCAGACAUGGGUCGAUAGCAUCCGGAAUCUUCUCCAUCGAGUAACUGCUGUUGAGGUUAUCAACACUUCUCUUGAAACUACAAACAUUGGCGAUAGCACAUAAGUCAUUGCUUGUGUUAUAACUGUAUUAGUGUUGGUUUUGUUCAUUUUAUGUUUGUUUCAAGCACAUAUAUCUGUAAGUACGCGUAGUGUUUAUUUUUUUUCAUCUUUUCUUGUUUUAUCUCAGUCAGUUGUAAACAUUCUUUCUAGAAAUAAUGAAGAAGAUUAUAAAUAAGGAUAAUGAAUCUCACCGGAGGAAUGUCCAGGUGUUUCUCCAUGGCUUCUUCCCCAAUGAAAACCCCGGUAAGUUUCAUUGUCACUGUUGAAUUCUUGAUUUUUCUUCUUUCUUUCUUAUCAGUCGUCUAUAGUCUCCACUUAAUAUACUCGAGAAAACUCAGAAUCACGGGUUUAUAUAAAAUGGAAACAAACAGUAGUUAGUAUUAUGGUGACUAAACAUAUAAGAAACUUUCAGGAGAGAAAAGGAUGAAAUAGUAAUAAGUAUCACAAUUUUUUCAACUUGGUUCAGAAACAGUUGAACAGAAAUUACUAAGUUUGGUUGUUACCUUUUUACUUUCUUCUUAGUAGUAUCGACCUUCGAACUCGUGGAUCUUCUGCUACUGCUGCUGCUCUGUGUUUUCUUUGGCCGAGUGUCUUCGAUGUCUUUAAGCUUGUAGUAAUGAGGAGCUAUUUCAACUAGCCACUCGGGUUUCAUCUCGGUUAUAUGCCUCAUAUAUUCCUUGGUAGUAAACACUAGCUCAUGAUACACCAGCCACUUACUAGGCGACGCCCCACCAAACAAGCCAGAGUUAGGAUGUACGUAAACAGUCUGAGGUUCUUUCACUCUUCUGUACGAUCCAUCCUUCUGUAACUUUGCAGAAUGCGGGAAGAAUCCCGCCAGGAUCGCCUUCUUAACCGCGUCUAAGUCAUCCGGGCUUGACUCAAGUUCUACUCCAAUCUUCUUAAGAAGUCCAGCUAGCUGUUCACGUAUAUCUCUAGCUCUUCUCAUACUCUUGCUCUGAAUGUAGUUCUCGUAGCACCACUGGCUCGAGUAGUUUGUUUCCUUCCAGGCAUUGUAAACCCUCAACAACGCAAUGUGGUCGCCGACGUUCUCUGUGUAGAAAUUCAUCCUGGCAUUGUCGGCAAGAUAUUGUUGGUUCUUUGGUCGAUAAAAGAUGGAGCUCCCCGUAGACAACAUGGCGGCUAUUGUGAUUAUCUCUUCCGAGCACUUGUACUUCUCCGAACCAACAAUCAUCUUUGAUAGCAUCGGGUCAACCGGAAACUCCACCAUUCUUUCCCCAAGCUUAGUAAUCUCACCGUUUACAUCCAAAGCACCCAGAGCAUAGAGCAACUCCAGAGCUUUUAACAGAGCGUUUUCAGGUGGAGGAUCCAUGAAAUCAAAAGUGAACACAUCUUGAAUCCCAAGGCUUUUCAAAGUAAGUACAACACUCGCAAGGUUUGCCCUUUGGACUUCUGGUAUUGUGGUGGCCUCCAAGUCCUUGACGUUGUACAACCUGAAACAUUUACCCGGACCCGUUCUUCCAGACCGACCAGCUCGUUGCUCUGCGGAAGCCUUGGAGAUAGGAGUUUCAAGCAGAGACUCCAUUCCAGUUCUUGGGUUGUAUGAGUUGAGCUUGCAGUACCCUGGAUCAACUACGUACCUAAUUCCAUCAAUGGUUAAAGAUGUUUCCGCAAUAUUCGUUGCCAGGACAACUUUCCGCGAUCCUUUAGGAGCCGGUUCAAACACUUUUGCCUGUAGUUCGGUCGGGAGAUUUGAGUAGAUUGGGCAGAUAAUGAUCUCAGAGCUCUUUGUACCCAAAUCCAUCAUCCGUAGCUUCAACUUCGUUUCUGCUGUUUCAAUCUCUUCUUGGCCAGUGAGGAAAACCAAAACGUCUCCAGGUGGCUCAGUCUGAUGGAUCUGAAACACAGUGCGUAUCGCUGUCUCCAACCGGUCAGGUUCGGGCCAUUUUUGGAAGAGCUUUUCAACCCGGUAUCUUCUUCCCGGAAUCUUGUAAAUCCGAGCUGAAUCAAAAUAUUCAGAGAACUUUUCAGCUUCAAGCGUUGCACUGGAGAUUAUUAGCCUCAGAUCAGGCCUAACUUUUGCUAAAUCCUUCACUAACCCAAACAGGAUAUCAGUGGACAGCGUUCUUUCGUGCGCCUCAUCAACCAUGAUGACGCUGUAGCUAUCGAGCUUCGGUUCUAUGAGAAGCUCUCGCAACAGCAUCCCGUCAGUCAUGUACUUCAUUACUGUUUUCUCUGAGGUACAGUCUUCGAACCUAAUGGAAUAUCCAACCUCGUGUCCGAGUUUCACACCCAGCUCUUGAGCCACUCGGGAAGCAACGCUCAUCGCAGCAACUCUCCGAGGCUGAGUGCAACCGAUCUUCCCACGCUUUGUGUAACCGGCUUCUUGAAGAUACUGCGGUAUCUGCGUUGUCUUCCCCGACCCUGUUUCCCCAACAAUCACGAGAACCUGAUUCUCUUCAAUGAGUUUCAGCAAUUCGUCUCGGUAUGCAUGAAUCGGAAGCAGUUUCCUCUCUUCCUUAGCCUUUUCCGCAACUGUUCUCGUGUCACAAACUCGGUGUUUCUCAGUUUCCACCUCAUCAGAUGUCUCAACAAAACCUGUUAACUCGUCAAACACAUACUCAUACCCAUCAGAAGCUUGACUCUUGUUCUUUGCGCCAAACUUCACUGUCGCUUUCUGAGCCUGAUGAUCUUCCCAAGCUUCUUGCUCAGUCAUGCGUCUCCUGCUCGUUCCCUCGCUAUAACGCUGCGUCGCCACAGCAAAUCUCUUCCUCUGAUCAAUAACCCCUUCUUGAUCAUAAGCAUCUGGAAUUUUAUAAUAACAACCAUCAUCCCCUACUGUUUUCUUCAGCAGCUCAUACAUUUCUUUCUUGUAUCUAAACUCAAUUUCUUCUUUCUCAGUGAGCUUCACACCAUCAAAAUGUGAUUGCUCAAAUUCUAUCUCAUCCCUCAACUCCUCCAGCUUCUUCUCCUCCCUAUUCUUCAGAUACUCUCGUCUCGAGAGUUCCCUCAACCUCGCUAUCUCAUAGUUUCCCAAAACCUUGUCAUCAUCACCUUCUUCUUCUUUUUCCGAUUCCCUUUUUCUCUUUCUAAAGAUUUUAUUUGGGUUAUUCAGUUUAAAUCUUACAGAAACAGUUCCGCGAGAUAUUUUCUCCUCCGCGAUAAACCUAUCUUCUUCAUCGUCUUCUUCCCUAUGCUUAAACAGAUCGAGAUUCGCAACCGAUGAUCGUACCUGAACUUGCGACUGCAUCUCUUCCGCGAAUUCAACGGUCUUCUUCUCCAGAUCAGUCUCCAUUCUUCGAUUACACCAGAGAUUUCCACGGAAGACGUUACGAGAUAUUGGGAUUGAAACGGAACUCGAGCGAAUUGCGAUUUCUAUUUGACAGAGAGCCCAACCCUAAUUUUCAGAGUUGGUGUUUAGAGUUUCACCCAAAAGAACAAAUCCUACAUAUAUAUUAUAGUCUCAAUUUGGUUUAGGAAUUUCCUUUUUUU